GGCCUCACCACGCCUUGUUGUCGUUCCACUUGAAUGUUGAUGCAUAUAUCUACUAGAGAAAAUGAAAUAUUUAUGGUUGAUGGUUUUCAGGUUUUGGCAUUUUAGGUCACUGGAGAUGGUUUAAAGUGGUUUUUGGACUUUUUUCAAGAAUGGCAUCUAAAAACUAUCAACCAGUGAAGAGAUGGGGACACUUCACAGUAAAGGUAGGAGACUACCUAUAUAUGUGGGGUGGAAGCUUGUCUGGAGGCCUUGAUAGUGAUCUGGAUAAAUCAAUGACAUCAUCAAUGGACCUGUAUCACUUACCAACUGGUUCAUGGGAGGGUAGACCAACAAAUGGCAACCCUCCACUACGUGCCAGUGGAUAUUCUUCUGUUGCUAUUGAAAGCGGUAUUUUCUUCUUUGGUGGUAGCAGGGGUGGUAGCUAUCGAAAUAGCUUACAUUGUUUUAAUGAGGAUUCAUUCAAGUGGAAGAAACUCUCUCCUUCUAGUUCUGAUCGUUGUCCAAUGAUGAAAGGCUUCUGUGGAAUAGUAUCAGCUCAUUUUGAUGGUGAAAAUUACCUUGUAAUAAUUGGAGGAAGUGGAUCACCUUCUAUUGAUACUCCAAAGCAACCUGAUGCUCAGUAUUCAGCUGGUGGUAGAUGUAAUGAGAUACAUUAUUACAGGAUUUCAUCAGAUCAAUGGAUAUCUCCUGUUGUUACUGGAGACAGACCACCUCCUAUUAGUCACUUCACUCUUACACCAGUUACUAAUAACACUGCGGUAAUGUUCGGAGGCUCUACUGAUAAUGGAGUCAGUAAUAAACUGUAUAUGAUAAGUUUUACUAAGACAUCAGUGGUGAGUUAAUACUGUAGGAUGGGUUUUGAUUGUAAGAUUUGUUUAAUUGUAAA